CGAAUCGAGAAGAAAUAUUCAACUUAAAAAUUAAACCCGAGAAAAAAGUCAUUAAUAAUCCGCAGAAAGUAACAAUAAAAUAUCUGAAGUUGCGUUUAAAGACAUAUGUGUUGUCAAGUUUGAGAAUCUUUAGAGAAUUUGGUCAAAUGUGCGAUUAAUUACGAGAAUUCAAGUGAAAAGGGCCUGAUAAUGGCAAUCUGUCUAAACAACUUAAAAUCAGAAAUAAAAACUCUUGAGAAGCUUUUUACCAAAAGCCAUGAGAUCUUUCAAAUCGUUAAUGCUAGUGUUGAUGAGCUAACGUGUCGAUUCAUUUCAAAAAACGGCAAGAAAUACGACAUCCAUGCAAAUAUUACGGAAACUUACCCACACACGCCCCCCGUUUGGUUUGCAGAAAGUGAAGAGACCAACAUUACGAAUGCAAUUCAAUUACUUAGCAAUACAAGUGGAUUAGAUAAUCAUGUUAUUAAUCAAGGUUCCGUUUCUGGUAGCGUUCAGGCGACAGAUCGUUUAAUGAAAGAACUUCGCGACAUUUAUCGUUCAGAUUCAUUCAAACGCAACAUUUAUUCCAUCGAACUUGUGAAUGAUUCAAUUUAUGAAUGGAACAUUCGAUUAAUGUCUGUCGAUCCUGACAGUGCAUUACAUAAUGAUUUGUUGAUGUUGAAAGAGAAGGAAGGGAAAGAUAGCAUUCUUUUAAAUAUCAUUUUUAAGGAGACUUAUCCGUUUGAACCGCCAUUCGUUCGUGUUGUUCAUCCAAUCAUAUCAGGGGGCUACGUCUUACUUGGAGGUGCAAUCUGUAUGGAAUUGUUAACAAAGCAAGGAUGGAGCUCUGCAUACACAGUUGAAGCUCUCAUCAUGCAAAUCUCAGCAACAUUAGUGAAAGGAAAAGCUCGCAUUCAAUUUGGGGCAACAAAAAGUCAAUACAGUUUGGCACGUGCCCAACAAAGCUUUAAGUCUCUGGUCCAGAUACAUGAAAAAAAUGGCUGGUUUACUCCUCCAAAAGAAGACGGAUAAUGCGCCAAUGGUGUACAUUCACACUUCCAACAGAAACCAAGAAAAAAUCAAUCUUCUUCUUCUUUUUUUUAUUUCCAAGCAACAUCAUCAGCAACAUAAACUGAUUAAUGAUUAGUGAAAGUAUUAAUUAAUAAUGAUCGCCUUUUUUUUUGUUUCUUUUUCCAUUUCUCUUUUUUGUUUGUUGGAUAAAAAGAUUCAUUAGAUAUUUUAAAUCAUUUUAUGACGAAGUUUAAAUAUUAACGAGACGCUCAAGUUCAUUUUACUGUAAGUUGUAAUCAAUUUUUUUUCUUAAUUCGUGAUAGAAGAAGUCGAAUGAUAAGACCAACCAAGUUCGUUCGUUCGUUCGUUCGAAGAAUUGAUCUGAAAUCAUCACUGAUAUCGUUCAAAUUUCAUUUAAAAAGUUUCAUAGACAAACACGUAAAACUCUUUGAUAAUAUGUAAAAAAAAGUUGUUGAUGAUAAGCGAUUCUCUCUACCGAUAUAAAAAUAUAUAUUUAUCAAUUAUUUUUCCUUUAUUUUAAUGGAUGAAGAUUUCAGCAGAAUGUAAAACAAAAGUUGUUUGUGGUGCGACAACCAGGGGAAAAGCGGUUUAAGAAAUAAUAUUAAUAAUGAUAAAAAUGGGGAACUUUUUGGAAGUCGAUAAACGGCACAAACAAAAAGAAAUUUAAAAAAUCAUAUUGGCUGUAAAAAUGGAAAAUGAUUAAAUUCAAAUAGCAUAUUUUUGAUAAAUUUAGAGAGUGAUUCCAAUAUAUUUUAAAGCAAAUGUAAAUAAUUCCAUUUUCCCAACCUUCCCAGUCGUAGCCGUCAAACAAAUUAUCUGAGAUAUCUUGUCCCAGCUUCAAAUGCUUUAUUUUUCCUUGUUUUCAAACUUAGCCAACAAAUCUCAACCUUUAAAUUGAAUGAAACUUCUUCCCUUGGCGAUUAUAAAUGUAAAUUUAAUUAGGAAAUGUUUCCUUUAGUUUAGUAAGAUUUUUUUAUCAAACGCAAAACAAAAAUGAUUAUUUUUAAUUCAUUUUUUUAAAGCAAAGCAUUGAGAUCAUGCAAAAAUUCUUUUUAAAAAAUACUUUAUUGUCUUGAGCGUGUAAAUCGGAAAAAACCAAUGACUCAAAAUUCAUUCGUUCAUUGAGCUUAUAAACACGAAUAGUUCUUUGAUGAUUGACUUUGAUUUUGUGUAUAAUAAGAGGAAAGUAUUCAAACUUUCAACAAAACAAAAAACUUGUAUAAAUAAAGAGGAAAAACUUAAAGACUUAAA